AUGAAAGUAAUUACAAUCCCCGUUGUCGAAGAACCAUUUUCCUUCUCGAAAUUCAAUUACUUCAACCCUAAAAGUCUUUUUGAUGCCGAUUGGUGCCUUGAUCUCCAUGGAUUUCUCACUCGCGACGAAUUUGACGCCAAGCUUAAGGAAAUUAACUUUGCUAUUCGCAAUGUUCCACUAUUGAGCAAGAGAAUCAAGACCUACAGUGACUGGAGCUACGGUUUAACAACUGUUUUGAUGAGUGCAAUUAUCAUCGGAACAUAUUCAACAAGAUCUUAUUCUGGAUCUAUAGGUAGCUUCGUGUUCGAAAUUUUUAUGAGUAUUGGAUACAUUGUAAUCAAAAUUAUAGUUAGUGAGGUGAGAGAGCGUCGCGCAAAGCAAUUCACAGUAGUCUUAAAUCAAUUGUUUGAACAGUACAACGCUCAAGAUAACCCAACUGCAAAUUGGAAACUAGCAUGGCGCUCGGUUAUUACUCAUUAUGAUAUAAAGAUGAAGGCAACAUCUGAAGGAGACAUUAAUGGAAAAGCUACUCCUAAGUAUGCAUCACAAGCCGAGAUAGUGCUUGAAAUUAGUGAUGCCCUUUCGAGCCUUAUGUCUAAAACUGUUCAUUUCAAAUUGCCACCCCAAAUCACUCGUGAAAUGACUAUAGAUACUCUUUAG